CCUCCAACUUCUUCCGCUCCCACCUCUUCCUACAGUUUUCGCAGUCGGAAUAAGAGCAAGCUCGUCUACGAUGCAAAGUAUCAUCCUAUGGACGAUGCUAUUCGGCCAACGCAAGCGGCAAGGCGUCGCUCAGCUCAUGGAAUGAAGCAAGUUUGUCUCGAUGCAGAUGACGAAAGUGAGGAUUCUGCCGCUAUCUACACUGACACAGAGGAGUCCAUCGAUGAAGAAAGUGAGGCUGAAGAAGAAACAAGGCAAAGUGCAAAGAGUAAGAAGCGCAAGCUCACCCAGUCACGGCUGCUGUCAGUUGAACCGACUCGUCGCUCUCCUCGCAAAGUGUCGGAUCUGAAAGUUUUGUACGACAUGAGUGUGCAUCCUCAAGACGAGUUUCUGGCUGUCACUAGUGAGGAGGAAGAGAUUGUGCCCAGGAAGAAGUCAAAGAGAUCUAAGCGUCUACAUGUCGAUGAUAUGGACUCGAGGGAUGGAGUUGCGCCGUCUAAACCAGCGCACCGAAAAUAUGCUGAUUAUGUCGAAAACUCCACAUCUGAUGAAAUGGAGUUCGAUAGCGGAGGUGCUAUUCCAAGGAUAGAGAUGGGCACAGAUUCUGUCACGAUGGCUGAAAGCUCGAUUCCACCUCCAAUCGCAGCCAAUCCGCAAAAUGAUAUCAACCGCAGUGACAGCAUUGACUCGUUGCACUUGUCCCCGGGAAAAAGAUGCUUCCGUCACGACAAAGAUGCUUGGCCAGUCUCUUCAAGUCAACCUUUUACCAUCUUCAACGAGAAGCUCGCGGACCCACUAGCUCGUGAGGCACACACUGUUUCGCCACUUAACUACGAACAUGACGACAAAGAGAACGCGACCGACAACGACAAUAUAGACGUCGACCCGCUUUCUUCAGUAAAUGCAAGUGUUUCUAUCAUUCCCGAAGCACAGUAUAGGCAGACACGCGAAGAUUGCGAGUUGUCGAAUCAUCGUGCCCUCAUCAACUACGCUCUCUAUGAUGAUCCUCAUCCGCAGACGUACGGUCUUGAUGGAACUCACUGCAGCGGUUCGGGGGAGAUGGAUGCGUUUUCUGAAAGCAUGAGUAUACUUGCGUCUGGUAGGGGGCUGCCUCUUGGGAAGAGCGCGGAGUGA